AUUUUGAAGAGCUCCCACUGCACUCCACACCAUGCAGGAACGCCCCCAGACCUCGAGCCUCAAUGGUGGCGAGAUGGACAAGGACUUGCUGGACGCUCUGGACGAGAUGCUGGCCUACACGGAUCAACCCAUCGAGACCGGGUGCCACUUAGCUGACGCGUUUGGAUCAUCCGACAUGACGCUCGAACUGGGAGAUCUCCCACCUUUUCUGGAUCAACAAGGCAUCACACAGCAGCACAAUGAUACAAUAGACACUCAAGCAUCGACACCUUCGCCGUCUCAGGAUCCUCAACGCAGAGGCAAAGACGUCCGAACGACCCCAUACGCAAAGCCAAAGCCGCGACGUCGCAAGCGCCCGAAGGACGAACUAGAUUAUCUACGAUCUCAGGUGAAGGACCUACAGGAAGAACUAGCCAAGUUGUCGCCUUCUAGUGACAGCGAAGGAAGCCACGACGACGAACUUUUCGUCCAGUGGAAGAAAAUCGCUGACCGUCAAAAGGCCGAAACGGAUCGCUCCAUGGUGGAAAAUCUCAAGCUGCGGUCCAUGCUGGAAGGACAGUUAAAGGUGGCCAGGAGUCUGGAGGCUGCAAUCCAACACCAACAGGAGGAAGCUGCUCAAUUGUUAUCCCUACAUCGUGUCAAGGCUGCACUAAACGCCAUUGAGGGAGGCGGAAGACCACGUGCCGCGAGCUUGUCGGAUGAUCUGAUCUUUGCGCAACUUAACAUCGGACUGGAAGCGCAGUACGCGGAGUUUGACUCGGUAAUGGACAGAACGGGACUCGCCAAGGCGUUGCAGAGUCCAAAUAAAAUCCAGACGCUUCAUACGCCGGAAGGUAUCGCCUUCAGACAUGAAGAAGCUCGACUGCUGCCCUUCUCGAUGCCUGCAGUUCAUCGCGCGAUGUGGAGUUGUAUGCGCUUCGGCAAGGCAGAAGGUCUGACGGGUCGUAUCCACACUCGUGUUCUCAAUAAUGACCACCUGAACGUCACGAUAGUCGACAAGGUCCAGUUGCCAAAGGCACACAGCAUCGACACGUGUGCCAGACUGGCAAUGCGUCGCUACUUUGAGCAAAAUCGAAUCAUCGUCGUGUGGAGGGGAUACGUGGAGAUUACGGGCUCAUUCUUCGUCCGCCUGCGCGAAAGAGGCUACACUUCAGUCUCGGCCUUCGACUUCAGCACGAACGCCGAAGUGAGGUCCAGUAGCUCGAGCAGCAUCCCAGGUUGUGCUCUUCGUAUGGCACUUCAGACUAAGCCUGAGAUGGACGAGUUCGACUCGGAAGAGGAGGCGAAGGACCACGUUGGUGAAAUGACGGAUCUCGUUGUUGGCUCGUACCAUCGCAACUUCGGAUUAAUGUACCAGAUCAUCGAGAAUCUGCUCUUCCGCGACUCUACCGGCGGAGAAGUGGACGAGCAGGAGUUGGCACGCUUUGCCACAUACUAGACUAGCUGUCACGAUAUCCAGUUUUUGCUAAGAGAUACACUGCUACACUGCAUGCUUUGAUGACGAUCACGACCAAUGUAAUGAUGCUAACCGAGAGUGGACUUGUGUAGUACAGUAGUAGAAAGUGUAGUUGCGUUGAAGAGAUGGAUGACGUUGUCAAUGAUAACUUGGCCAUCGGCCCAUACUGCUGCAAUAUCGAGAGGGUA